GUUAAUGUGAAACAUGUAAAUAAUUAUUAAGUUUUUGUUAGAUGGAUAUCUAAAAAAAAUGUCAUUUUGUAGCUUGUAUAUUACUUAGUUUAAACCCAUUUUAAACAUACAUAGAAUCCACUUAUGUAUAUACAGAAAAAAAUAAAAAUCAUAGUCAUGGAAUUUUACGUAAAAAAACUUUUAAACGGAAUGCAAAAACUUUUUCUCAGUCAUAAAAAAUAACUAUCAAAAACCCAAUAACUAAAUUGUUAGAAAUUCUAGAGGAGUUGGUGAGUAUUUUUAGCUAUUAAUGUUUGUCUUAAGUCUAACAUAACCUAAAAUAUUAACCACCAAAGUUGAGGGGCUAAUAUGAAACAGUGUUUGGGGCUAAUGUGAAACAGUGGUUGGGGCUAAUUUGAAACGCUGACCAGGAUUAUUUAGAAACAAAACUUGAACAACACUAUUCUACAACAUAAAAUUUGUAUCCACCCACCACAUUUGAACACAAAUAAAUGCAUAUCUUUUUGAUUUUUCAUGCAGCUUCUUUUUUUUACUCUGUGUUAAAGGUGGGAAUUUUUAUCAGCUGGUAGUUCCCAAUCAGCUGUUUCACAAUAUUGUCUAGUUCAUUACCAUUUGUAGCUAACCUCAAAACACCCGAUGUGUAACUAAGUGUUGUGUUUGUUAUUUUGAAAAUGGUGCGCACUUACAAAAAGAAAGGAAGUAGAAGAGUUUAUCCAGAAAACAUUUUGGAUGAAGCUAAGAAAAGAGUAACUAAAGGUGAAUCAUUGCGUAGUGUUGCUAAAGUACUCAGUAUUGAAACAACUUUCUUGUUUCGUUAUUUAAAAAAGUGUGAAACUGCAGUUGAUUUAAGACCUCCAGGUCACAAACAUGCUUUGAGUAAUGAGAUUGAAAAUAAAUUAGCUGAUCACUUGAAAGUCAUGGCUAAAAAUGGUUUUGCUCUGAGUAAGACUGAAGUUUUGGACGUUGUUAAGGAAUAUGUUGAGCAAAAUUCGUUAACUGUUCCAUUCAAGGACAAUCGUCCAGGCCAUGAUUGGUACAUUGGUUUUUGCAAAAGGCAUAAACUAAGCUUAAAAAAAAUGGAGCCUCUGGAGAAAGCACGCAAAAUAAACACAAGUGAUCCUUUUCUAAUUUAUGAAUUUUACGAUUUGCUUGAAAAAAAAAUAGAGGAAUUGGAUAUUGCAAAUAAACCAUCACAUGUGUACAAUCUUGACGAGACAUCAUUCUGCUCGGAUCCCUCAAGAGUCAAGUUUGUAUCAGGCAUUGGCCAAAAAGCUCACCGUACUCAAGAAGGAACUGGUAGGGACAAUACUACUGUACUGGGCUGUUGUAAUGCAGCAGGAGUAGUUCUUCCUCCUUUAAUAAUUUUUCAAGGAGCAAAUUUAUGGUCCUCUUGGAAAGGGCAAUAUGAUUUGCCAGGCACCUUCUAUGCCUGUAGUGAAAAGGGAUGGAUGACAUCAAAUAUAUUCAAUGAUUUUUUUGUGAAGUUCUGCCAAGAAGUGAAAGAGAGACCUCUUCUGCUGAUUUACGAUGGCCAUAUGACCCAUCUAGAUGUUCACACUGCUAUGUAUGCUAGACAGAAUCAGGUUACAAUAAUUAAACUUCCAGCACACACUACAGACGUUCUCCAACCUUUGGACACAACAUGUUUCAAAACAUUGAAAUAUGCAUGGGACUUAAAAGUAACCGAGUGGUACAGACUGAAUCAAAGAAAGAUGCAAAAGAAUGAGUUUGUCGAUUUACUCUGUCAGGUUUGGCAUAAUGGUUUGACACCAGAUAACGUUAGAAAAGGCUUCAGCCAUGUAGGCAUAUUUCCAUGUGAUCAUGCUAAAUAUCCUGUAUCACGCUUUGAUGCGGAAAAGCUGGCCAGGUAUAGAGCUUUUAAACAAACUGGUAGGUCCAACUGUGAUGGGAACCAAGAAUGCAUAACAGCUGAAUCUUUUGAAAAUCCAAAUACUGUCACUGAGUCUCUGUCUCUGGGCAAUGUAACACCUUGCACUUCGACAUCAGAUAAGCCACGAGAUCUAGAAGUAUCAUUGUCUACAUCUGAUAAAACAAUGUCUAAGCCUAGUACUAGCAAUUCCGAGUCUCUUAUUGGAUCACCUGUAGGUGAUGGGUCACAGUCUUCUUCGUCUUUUGAGAUGUUACUGCUCCAAAAAAUUAAUAGAACUCUUGCUCCCAAAAAGAAGAGAAAAAGAGUAGACGCAAGCUCAAAAGUAAUUACAAGCGAUGAAUGGAUUGCUGCCGAGCAAUUGAAAAAAGACCAAGAAAAUGACAAAUUGAAAACAAAAGAACUGAAAUGUCUUGGUAAGCUAAAUAAAGGAGAAAAAACUGCUAAGAAAUCUAACGCAAACAAAAAGAUUAGGCCUAAAAAUAAACAAAACCUCCUAUCAUCUAUUCCUCUGGGUAAUGGUAAUCCUCUAACUUCAAAUGCUGAAAGUAAGAAAACCAAUGCAGAAAGUUUAGAUGAAAUAUCGAGUGGUAGGCCAACAGUAAUUACCCAAACUGACAACCAGUUGUAUCUAAAAAUGGAAAACAGUAGUAGGCCCAUGAAAAAGAAGCAAAGAAAGGCAGGACAUAUCAAGAUAGAAAUAGAUGAAGAUACCUCUGAUAGUGAUGAACCGUCUCUUUGUGAUACUGACGAGGAAUCGUUAAGUGAUUUAAUUUCCAACUCCAAAAAGGACAUAAUCAACCCUGUUGCAUAUGAGGCACCUGUUUUUUCAGGAAAAUAUAAAGAAAGGGACUUUUGUUUUAGUUGA